AUGACGGGUUCUGGGGAGGUCGCUUUGUCGGACGGCAGAGGUCACCGACCCAGCGGGUCUCAUUCCAAAGACAAGCACUCUAGUAGCAACAGCAGUAGUAGCAGCAGCAGCUCCAAGAAACACCACAAGCCCAGCAGCCACACAACCAGCAGUACGGUUAGCAGGUCCACAAAGAGCAGCAGCAAGGGAGGACAUGCCGAGCGCGACAGUAUCUCUGGAAGGCCCAAAAGCGGCCACAGUAGCCAGGGGCAAAGCAGCGGCAGCAGCAGUAGCAGCAGCAGUCACGGCCACAGCUCCAGCCACAAGAGGAGCAAGGAUGAUCAGAAACACACGAGCAGCAAGCACAAAACUGAGACAGAUGCGACUCACCACGAGAGUAAAAGUCACUCUAAAGACACAAAGAGCCACAAGCGCUCCCACUCACACAAGGCGGAGGAGGAGCCAAAGCGGCACCGCAGUCGGAGCCGCAGCGCCGACAAGAAACGCAGAAAGGACAGGAGCCCCUCUUAUCAGCCCCCGGCUGUGGUGAACACCACUGAUCCCACCAAGAAUAGCCUCGGGGAUCCGUUUCCCCCCGACCUUGAAGGCCCCUGCUAUGUGAAGCUGCUGCCUCAGCAGCGCGACGUAUCGAUCUUGUUAGGGGUGGAUAACCGGGGUCUCUCGAAUAUGGCGAAGAGCCACGCCUGCAAGAGCCGCCUCUCAACGAAGGAUGUGUUCUUCCCUGAGACCAAUAGGCGCAUGCUGUUGCUGCAAGGACCUCUGGAGGCACUCCACAAGAUGUUGAGACAGGCUCUGCAGACGAUAUCAGAGCCAGGGAAACACCGGGACAGCCCGCGGAGCUGCACGGUUACGUUUAUAGCCCCCCAUGAAGUCUGCCUGGACACACCCGAAGGCGCAGAUCAACCCCUGCGCAAGCUGCGCAAAGUAGGCAAGGCCAAACUGAGCAUCAGCGACAGGAGAGACAUGAAGAAACAAGGGGGGCGCGAGCGCCUGCUGACCUUGGAAGGUGGUUUGCCGGAGGUGCAGGAUGCGGCGUGCACAGUAGCGACGCUGCUGCAAAAGCAGGAGAACCUGAGGGACUACUGUAACCUCAAGUAUGACAGCUGUAUGCCCAAGGCCGAUCCUGUGGAGGAGGAGCCGGUGGAGGAUCCAUUGGGGGAGGAUCUUGAUGAAUCUACUAUGCAGGCCCUCGCCAGUAUCUUGAUCCCGCCCGAGAAGGAGCCAGUGAAGGCGGGGGUGGCUAGCGUGGCGCCCAACGUGCCUAAUUUGUCGGACUCGGCAAAGGCGGCACUGAUCAGUCAAGCUCAGGAUGAGCUGGCCCGCAUCAGCAACUUGCAGUACAUGCGCGACACCCGCACAGUUUUGAUGCAGGGCCCGGCGUACCACAAGGUGCUGGUGAGCGAUCUGAUAGCUGCGCAGCUCCUUGGCUCCAACGGGAACAUCAUCAAUCAAUUCGAAGCGGAGUACGCUGUGCAGGUCAAGGUCGCCCCCCCAGAGCCCCCUCCCUGCACAGAGCGCAUAGUGAUUAUUAGCGGGCAGCCACAGGACGCCGACCGCGCGCUGCUGGCGGUUCUCGAGAAGGUGUAUGCUGCUUGUCUUAUGGUUGGCCAUGCCAACUUCAUGGUGUGGCGAAUGUGCGCCAUGAGCACCUGCUGCGCUCUCAUCUGCGGGCCGGGUGGCCAACGCAUUCGCCAGCUGGCAAGCUUUACAGGAACACGAAUUCAGAUAUCAAACAGAGACCAGCAGACGCCGUCCCAUCACGCCGCCCAGUUGGUGCCUUCUAACCCACACGAACGCAUUAUAUCUAUCCUGGGGCCCCUUGAGCAAGUCACAAUUGCCGUAAAAGCUAUGCUGCCAUACAUUCACGCGGACCCGAACCAAUCGUUGUCUGUACACCAGACGUACGGCCACGGAUACAAGCUCAAGAUGCCGGCAUGGGCAGAGACCGGUGUUUUGCAGGAGGGUAUGAAUAUGGAGGCUCUGAAGGAGGAUCCCUUAGAAGACGAACGGCCGGUGUCGCUGCCGGGUCCAUUCCACGUGAAGCUGCUGAUCGACCCCGCACUUGCAAACUCCUUGAUAGGCAAAGAGAGCGCGACGAUUACCAGAGUCGCGGAGGAAUGUGGUUGCAGCAUGCAUGUGUUGUCCUCAAAAAACAAGUUCCCCGAGUCGACAGACCGCAUUCUGCUUAUGUCCGGGUCCACUGAGUCCAUAAGCACGGGAAUUAUUGCCUUACUGGAGCGCUGCAAGGAGGUUCACCCCAACCUUCCAUACGACCAAAUGUACGCCAAACUUGUUGUGCCAACAAGCGUCUGCCCGACAGUUAUAGGGCCAGGAGGCACUCGCGUAAGAGAGAUACGCGAAGCCACGCUCACCCGCAUCACUGUCGACAGGAAUUCGAGCCCUUGCCCUGAACGUAUCAUUGCCGUACAUGGGAUGGCCCAGGGAGUGCACCAAGCGGUGGUUGCAAUUAGCACCAUCGCGCAGACCGAUCCCAGCCUGGUGCUCAUGCUGGAGUUGCAGUAUGACUAUUUAGAGCAGCAACAGGAGACGCAGCAGCAAAAUGCGCAGCUAGAUUCGAAUAUAGUCGGCGCCGUCUUGGAGGGGGUGCUGUCAGUAACGAAUAAAGUGGGAGGAGGAGCGACGGAGGUGGCCGUGAGGCGCCUUGAAGGGAUGAAGCAAGCAACAGCUGCUCAGGCCCCUCUGGGUCCUAUGGGGCAGCACAAACACGGAUUUGCUCCCAACUACGAUGCGCCAGUGUCGUUUGUAACGGCCUCCAACAACAACCCUGUGACAGCAGAGGCAUCUAAGAGCUUCGCAUUGGCACAGAGGGCAGCCCAGGCGCUCGGGGGGGACCCAAGGGUCCGCGUGCCCUCGCCACCGCGUCAGGCUGAGGAGUGGGAGCAGCAGCAGCGGGAGAUUGAAAAUUAUGAGCAACAGCGUCUCGCGGGACACGUUGAGGUGUACAGCAGCAGCGGAGGAGUACCGCCACCUCCGGUUGGUGCCCCACCAGCGGGCCAACCGGUGCCUACUGCUGGGCCCGCUACUCCUGCUGCUACUGCAGCCUCUGCACAAAACGGUAUGGACGAAGAUGACGGGGAUCCACUACUAGAGGGGCUUAUGAACGAGGCAUUUUAA